AUGGCUGCAGAGUUUCUUACUUUUGGUGCUGAGGGAAUUCUGACGAGGGCGGCUUCACUUGCAGAGCAAGAACUCAGUCUUCUCUGGGGAUUCAAAGGAGAGCUAAUGGAAACUGCAUUGCAGGCAACGGAAGGCCGGCGACGGGUGGUGGUGGUGGCAGGUGGUCGGUGGCGAGAUUUCAGCGGAGAUGGCCGGCGGCGGGAUUCCGAUGGUAGUGGCCAGCGGUGGUGGUUGGCAGGUGGCAGCGGUGGUGGUGUUUGGCUAGAUAUGGACAUGUGGCAUAAGACAGGUCGUGGAAUAGAGGAGCUUACUGGCUUAAACAUGUUAAAAGGCGAAUUAUCUAUCUAUAAUCUAGAGCACGUGAGAGAUGGAGAAGAAGCCAAGAAAGCAAAAUUAGUAGAGAAGACAAACAUACGCCAGUUAAACUUUGCAUGGUCAAGAAUCACCAAUCAUGAAGAGGUAAUAGAAGGCUUUCAACCACACCCUAGUAAACUGGAAGCUUUAAGGUUUUACAACUUCAUGGGCAAUAAAUGGCCAUCAUGGAUCAUGAGUAGUUCGUUUCCUACAUUGAAAAGGAACCUAACUGAAUGGCCGGAAAGUGGGAUAGUGGUGUUUCCUUGCCUCGAGACGCUGCAUUUGUGGAAUUGUGAUAAAUUGAGAAGUGAUGCUCCCAGCAAUUUCCCAUCUCUCAAGGAGUUGGAGAUGGAUUCCAUGGGUAGCGGCAUGCCAAUAGCAAACAUAAGCAAUAACCUGACCACUCUUACUUCGCUCACAAUAAAGAGCAUAAGGGGACUUGCUUAUCUGCCAGAAGGAAUGCUAAAAAACAACAAGAAUCUUGCACACUUGAAGAUACAAGAUUGUCAGGAGCUAAGUCGUAUUGCUCCUGAUGUAGUUGGCUCUUGCGUAUUUCUUGAGUCAGUGCAUAUUUCCAAGUGUCCUAUUCUUGCUUAUUUGCCUGAUGGGCUACUCACAACAUCUCUUAACAAGUUUGCAAUAGUCUACAGUUGA